CUUCCUUUGUGCAAUAUUCAGCAACAAUUACAUUAGAACAAAAACAGAAAAAAACUCAAAUCUCAAAUCUUUGCUGUACAAAAUUUAAGUAACAGACAUCUUAGGAUGCCUAUCAGCCAACACGAUCUUGCCCGUUUUGCCAGCGCCCCGGGCAGUUGCCCUCGGAUCAGCAUGAGCAACUCGAGCAAUACGUAUCUCAGCUAUUCGGAUCUAGAUCUGGGCAGCAAGUUUUGCGGCGGAGGAUCCCUGAGGACGGAACCUAGCUGCGAUCACUGGAAGUUCUGCGAAAAGGUGCCCAAUCGCUCAGACGUGGAGGCCGACUCAUUGGGCUGUCCUGUGGGCCUCGUCUGCUCAAAUGCCACUGUAAACAAUCCCUGCGGAUGUUCUCCCAAGCAGCAGGAGGCGAAUGUUCUUAACUUCGCCACCUAUCUGAAGGCAUUCGCCUUGAUUUAUGUCCUGCCCGAAACGGACUGGACGGCAGAGAAGAUCGACAUGCUGCUGGAGGAGGGCACGGAUUUAUUUCGGGCCAGCUCGGAUGUGAAUCAAGGGCACGACGACCCCGACGAACACAAACUACUGGAGCCGGAGAUCUACACCAACGAAGAGAAGCGGAUCAAGAGAAAUUUCAACCUAGAAGGCCACACCUUUACUUUGGCAUUGGAACCCCGCUAUCUAGGGGUAGGAUCAAAGCCCCUGGACCAGCAGCCGCCGCAUAUCAUCAAAAAUCUAGGGACAAUUUUACAGAGUUUCUUCAAGUCCAGCCGCUACUGUCUUCUUCUCACCCGAGUGGGUCACCUGCUCAUCUGGCGGCGUAGACGGGUUUUUUUCGUCCUUGACGUUAAGGGCAGAGCAAAGGACGACCUGGCAACCGUAAAGGAUAACGGAGUGGCAAUGCUGGUAUGCCUGAAGUCCAUUGAUAAUGUUGUCCAUCUGGCCAGUAACUUGAGCGGAAUCUCUCCGCGAGAUGAGUUCAGCAUCCGGGAACUGGUGGUUGUGCGCCUAGAGACCCCGGAUGGACGCAUCUAUAUGCGCGACACCAGCCAUCGAUCCAUCGAAUUCAAGGUGGUAAACAAGAGUUAUGCCUAUCUGAAGGGCACUCUGCACCUAUCGUUAAACAAAGACGAUCCGGUGAGGAAUCGCAGUAGCCUGAUGGUGGCCGUGGGCUCGGUCCUGGCCAGCAAAAUCGAUCACCCGGCCAACUGGGACACUAAUAUGCUGGAUCGUUUAAUCAGCUAUGGAGUGGAAUUGUGCAGAAGUUGCUGGUCGGAUUGCUUGAGGGAUCGACGACCCAUUGACCUGGACACCUUUCCGACCCAACUUCGAAUGGGACAGUUUGUGUUGGAGCUAAAGCUAAUUCCGAAUGUGAGAACGGGUCACUGGAGGUGUGGCGUCCGCAUCAUUGGUACCGAUUUCGAAGCUCACGUCUCGCAGGCUCUCAAGGAGCUUGGCAACGUGGUGUUCCAGAUCAACAAUCAGAUGUAUGCCAUUUGGCUUAAGGAUGGAUUCUAUUACCUCGUCGAUCCCUAUCGACACACCAUCGUGGGCACCCAUGUGGCGGAAGACAAGGCUGAGGGCGCCAAGUGGGCCACGGUGCGCAUGUUUCGCGACCAGCUGACCAUGCUCAGCGUGUUCCACCAGCUGCUGAAGGAGUCCAACCGGCAGUCUGCCUACUAUGUCCACGUGGUGCGUAUACGUAAUCUCGCCGAGUGUCCAGAGGGAUACGCCCUAUUGCCGAUGCCCGAUGGGAAGGACAGCUGCGAAGUGAAGUCCUUGAACGAGACCAUAUUCUUCAAUGAGCAGCAAUGCGUCAGAGUGUGUAACAAAUCCCUGGCGGAGAUCAGCGACUAUGAGGAGGAUGUGGUUAGUCUUCUUACAGAUAAAUCCGACAUUGAUCACUUUCAAGUCCUGGAUGAGCAACAGAAUGGAGGGGCAGAGUGCGAGUUUUGUGAGGAAGAGUUCCGCACGGAACCCUUAAAGAGACGACCAAAGGGCAAAAAUACUAAUUCGAAAAGCAGAGUGGGCCUUUCCAAAAGAGAGCAAGACAUAAAGGACACCUCCGGCAAAAUGUUACCUACUGCCAGUAGGACACCAAAUGAUAAAGACUCUCCAAGAUUGGAUAAAAAGAGUAGGUCUGCAAACAGGCAAGCAGGUGGCAGAUCCUCAUCCACAAAGUCACCUGGACUUACCAAAUCUAGAGAAAAUACAUCAAAUAGGAUUGCAAAAAGAAGUGUGCUCCCCUCUAAGCAAACUGAACUCGGGACCCAUUUUCCUCCAUCAAAGGCUCCUGUAAAGACCACACCUAACGUAGCACCACCUUCUGGAAGGAUUGUGAGAAGCACUAUUAAGACCAGGGAAGUUGGUGGCAGAUCGUCUAAUCGUUCUCAGAACAACACUCUUGGACGUUCUAGAUCUAGAGAAGAGCCAUUUCCUGAGAGGAUUACAACAAAAAAAAUGCAGUUCAAAAGGCAGGCUGGAGGCAUGUGUUCUAGAGAUCCUCUUUCCACUUCCCCCGAACGUUGCAAACCUAGAGAAGGGUCUUCUCCUGAUAGAACUAUAAAAAAGAUUGUGAAAUCAUCCAGACAAACUGGUGGCACAGUUUGCAGUCCUCCUCCGGAUGUGUCCUCACUACGAUACAGAUCCAAGGAAGAUGUUACACCUGGAAAGAUUAUGAUAAAAUCAGAAAAUACUAAGGACAGUGGCUCACCCAUAAAGUCCCAUUUACGUUCCAAGUCUAGAAACAGGUCACCUGGUAAGUUUUCCCCACGCGGAACUCCAUCAAGGAAGAUGGCACCCAAAGUAGAUGAUUCCAAGGGAGCAAACCCCGCCCUCGACUUAUCAAUCACCAAAGAAGCCAUUCGUACACAGGUAGCAAAUAAGGAAGCAAGCGACAGAAAAGGAGUAAUUGCCAGCAAGGGAGUAAUGCUUCUCCGCAAAGUAAAUAUGAAAACGGACACCGCCAUUGAACCGUCGAAAAAGGAGGCGACUCAAACCCACAUACUGCAGCAAUCCGUGGAUAAGUCAAAAAGUCUGGGCGUAGCUCCUUUGGCCGCAGCCCACCUGAAUACACCGGCGGCCUCAAACUUUGUUAACGAACUAGACCAAAAGGAAAAACCCCCUUAUCCAAAGAUGAAUGUUCGGAAUGCAGAGCAAUCUAUCGAACAUCCCAAAAACUGUUGCUGUCGCGAUGCCGAGGAGGAUUCCAUGGAGGGAAUCGGGUCCCGAAUGCCGGUCAAAUUUCCCGGCUUUAGUCGAGCGCCCCAUCUCCUCGCCGUCGCCGGAUCCGAGAGUGGAACCGUGGAGAGCCUGAACCGGGUGCUGAGCUCCGCCUUCAAAGUGGCCAACCGGGUGCUCACGAUGACGCCGUGGGGAAACUACGUGGUCUUCAGGCAUCAUCCCACCAACAGGUCGGCGGCCACGUGGUUCUAUGUUUUCGAUGGCUGCACCUGCGACAUCGAUCGCUUCCGCCACCUCGAUCUGUCCACGGGCACGGCUGGAUUGAUCGCUUUCCGCAAGCAAUCCGAGGUUGUGUGCCACAUUAUCGAUUCGCGGGAGGAGAAGGCCCUCAAGAUGCUGCGCUCCGGAAUGGAGGAUCCUCCCCACAAGAGGAUACAAAGGCUGUUGGCUCGCUGACACUCGAUAUGAUCGCCUUUAGACAUUCACUUGUAGAGAAUGAAAUUUUAAGUAAACUAAACGAAAUUAGAAGGAAUUCAUGGCAAAUAUAAUUUUCGAAUCCUCAUUUCGAUUGU